AUGUAUCUCGGAGAAAACCAACAAGGAGUUGAUAAAGAUACCUUCCUCGGUGGAGAUAAAGCAAGCGUUGUUCUCCAUAUAUCCAGACAAAGCGCCAGGCCCCGACGGUUUCUCAGCAUGCUUUUUCCAAUCAAACUGGAAUACAGCGAAAGAAAACUUAUCUCAGAGAUACAGCAGUUCUUCUCUACAGGCAAACUACCAAAGAAUAUCAAUGCAACACACGUCAGGCUGAUACCGAAGAUCACAAGCCCAAAGAAAGUCUCCGAUUACAGACCAAUCGCGCUUUGCAACGUAUACUUCAAAGUUAUUUCAAAAAUACUCACUCUGAGGCUGCAACCAAUACUCCAUGACAUGGUUUCAGAAAAUCAGUCAGCAUUUUUGCCACAACGAGCAAUCUCGGACAACGUCCUCAUCACACACGAGACACUGCAUUACCUGAAGACAUCAAAAGCAAAGAAGGAAGUUUAUAUGGCGGUUAAAUCCGACAUGACAAAAGCGUAUGACAGAAUCGAGUGGGAGUUUGUCAGAUUGGUUCUAAAAAGGCUAGGUUUCCACUCUAAGUGA